AUGAUUUAUCAGGCUAUCUUUUCCGAUCCCGGAAAGCACAGCACUUUCGGGCGAGGAGUGCGAGAUUACACGAGCUACGUUUUUCGGAUAUGUUUACCGGUCGAAACUCACCGUAUCGCAAUUGGAUCGGAUCUUAGGAUAGCAGCUGCUGAUAACACAUGGUCGAGUUGGGGUCGCCCGAAGCACAACGACGGCGUACAGCCGGAAAACAGUCACUGGCUACAAAGUCGACGAAAGAAUUAUGCUUUUGAGCCGUUCCCUUUCCUGAGGCUUCCUCCAGAAGUGCAACUAAAAAUACUCCAACAAGUGAGUGCUGUCCAAUAA